AUGCGUGAUCCGCACGCAAGACCACCCGACUCGAUCCGAGAACGUUUCAAGGAACUGCGGAAGCGGCCAGCUUCACAAAUCGAUGCCGAUCUUCACAUCAUAGAUCCGUACAAUCCAGAUCAUACAAAAGUGUCACCUCUUCCUGAUGCCGAGCUUCUUGAUAGCUCCGAACAGGGUAUCUACUCGAAAGACUUUGGUAUAGAUACCAGCGUUCUCACCUUUUCCGGCGUUGAGGAUCUCCGCCGCAAAGCUUUCGAAGUCAAAGGACUGCCUGGUCUCCAGCUCUUUCCGGCUUUACUUUCUGCUCAAUUUCAAGUUGCCUUGCUAAACAAGCUACUUCACCGUGACCUGUCGAACCCUGUGCACAAAACAAAUCUCCAUCUCCACCACCAUGUUCAAUAUCCUGCAGCUAACCACAGCUUAUCACCCGUAUCAUUCUUCGCCGCAGCCCACGAUGUAGCCCUCCAGCCAAAGGAUCCUACGAUUCACAAAUCUCUCACGUACGCCCAAAUGCUGGAGUCGAAGUUGCGAUGGGUUACACUCGGUGGGCAAUACGACUGGACAAGGAAGGCCUACCCUGAUGAGGCUCCUCCGCCGUUUCCUCCUGAUAUUGCCGCUUUGCUGAAACAUUUGUUUCCCUGUGUUGAUGCUCAAGCCGCCAUUGUCAACUUCUACAGUCCUGGAGAUACUUUGAGCGUACACCGGGACGUCAGCGAGGAGUGUGACCGAGGCCUUGUGAGCAUCAGCAUCGGUUGCGACGGUAUAUUCCUUGUCGGCAAUGAAGACGGUAGUCACGUCGCUUUACGCUUGAGGUCCGGAGAUGCCAUUUAUAUGUCCGGGCCCUCAAGAUACGCCUGGCAUGGAGUGCCAAAAAUAUUAACCGGCACGUGUCCGGUCUGGUUACGAGACUGGCCAGACGUUCCACGACAAGAUCAAUAUCGACAAUGGCGAGGAUGGAUGAACAACAAGCGUAUCAACCUCAACGUACGACAAAUGACCGAAGCAGAUCCGACUCAACAUCCGAGUGGAACAGAGCCGCUGACUACAGCCGACUCGGUAUGA